GCAGACGUUGCUGAUAAGAAGUUGCGUAUCUCGUGAAAGAACAAACAGAAAAUGACUGCAAGUCCAGAGGCGACCGCAGCUUCUUGUGCGAAGGCUCUCGUGGCUUUUGUUGAAAAUGGAAAAGCUCUGCUGGACCUCGCUGAGAAGGAGAGCAGGGAAGGCUCUUGCCAGGAAUUCAUCAGGCAGAAAAUCCGCAUCGAGCAAAGACAGUCGCUGCUGGGGCUGAUUGAAGCCGGUGCAGAUUUGUACAGCAGCCUGUCUGUUAAGAGGAAAAAGGACGCAGAAGAUCUCUGGAGAAAAAACAAUGACUGUGCUGCUUUGCGGGAUGCCGUGCGCGACUUUCAGCAGCUCGAAGUGCAGUGGGAUGCCUUUCUGCAGCGCCUCGACGAUGAGUUACAACUGAGCGCUGAGCUGCUGGACGGCGACCAUCAGUCCAAGUGUAUUCCACCAGAUACGCCUCUCACCGAUGCCAGAACAGGACAAACAGUGACUCUGCAGAAGUAUCUUGGGAGGAGUAAAAAGACUUUGCUGGUGUUAAUCCGUCAGUUCUCAUGCCUGCUCUGCCGUCUGCAUAUUAAAGACCUGGAGAAGAAUCAGAGCUCCCUGGAUGGACACUCUGUUCAAGUGAUGGUGGUGUCAUUUGGCUGUCAGGAAGGAGCUUCAUACUGGCUGCAGGACACAUUCUGUCAGUACGACAUGCUGCUGGACCCUCAUAGAAAGAUUUAUGCUGCAUUUGGCCUCGGCGCAUCUCUGAGGAAAGUGUUAAACUUUGGUAACAUGCUGCUCUACGCUGAAUAUGUGGCGGACAACAUGGAGUUUCCACGAGGGCUUCCGUCGAUUCAAGACGACAUGUUUCAGCUGGGAGGCGACUUUGUUUUGGACGAACAUGGGAGGGUGCUGUUCUCUCACUGCUGCCAGAGUCCCAUCGACCGACCCUCAGUGGGGGACAUUUUAAACUCUUUAGAUAAGAUUAGCUAAAGGAAAACUGUGACGUCAGCUGAUACAUGUCUUUGCUAGUAUAACAGUAACUAUUAAUCCGAGAUGUAAAAUAAUAAAGACUGUGAGAUUCAGCUCUAAGCACACACAAUUUGAGUUUUGGAGUGGUUAAAGUAACAGAUGAUUACAUCCAAAGCAAUCCUAAACUACUUGAGUCUUACUUGUGCAAUAAACAUCCAAAACUGA